UAUCGUAAAAAUCUAAAAUAAAUUAUCAUUUUUAAUUUCAAAAACGAACAGAAUAAAUUUCAGACUUAUGUCGUACAUUUACUUUGGAACACAAUAUUUCGAAAAAUGAAGUUAAAUAAAUUUGGUAUCCGUACGAAACGCCAAAAGAGAAAGCCAUCUAAGGGAGUAACUACCAAAGGUAAUAAAGUACGACAACAAAAAGCACGUGAACUAUCUGAAGAAUUACCUUCCACAUCCAGGGGUGCUGUAUCGAAACAACUUAGGUCUCGUGAGUUUAACUUACUUAUACGUUGCGCUAAUCAACAAUUCAAGGAGAUUUUUAAACAAUACACUAACAACAAGAAACACUUUGAAGAAGAGGCCGCAAUCAUAUUUAAUGAUGAAGUUUCAUUAAAUUCAAUGCCUUUGCAUUUAGAAAACAAUAUCGAAGAGUUGAAUAAGAUUCGUGCGAUUGUCGGCAUUCCUUUAUAUAGUUUGAGUGUAAUGGAAGAAAAUGAAACAGAAGAUGAGUUAUCUGAGGAUCUUUACGCAAGUGAUGAGAAUACUGUAACGGACAUCGAAUCGGAACAGUCGGUUGUAUCAGAAGAGUCAGUCGAAUUAGAACAGGAACAGAUAGUUAAACCAAAACUGCCUAUUGAAUCAGUACACACAGUUAAUCCAAAACGGGCGGAAGAUAUAGAACAUGUACUCGAGGUGGAAGUAUCUAAAAAGAGAUACUUUGUCAUUCGUAAACAUAGGAAAAAAGUUGGUGCAAUUAAAAAAUUUUUCAAAAUUUAAAUUAAAUUGAAAUGCAAGUACGACCAUUCUGAGAGUGUGGAUGAAAAUGAUGCCAGUAUAUUUUAUAACCAAAUCUUUUCUUGUAGUUUUUAUUGUUUCUUUUUUUAUCAUGUGUAUUAUAUUUCAAAAUUGAUAAUAUAUAUUUCUUGAUACGACUA